AUGAGCUUUUCACCACCGCCACCACCACCUGUCUUUGUUGGUGAAUACCAUAAUAUUUGGGCUGUGGAAAUGAAGACAUAUCUGCAAGCUCAUAAUUUGUGGAGUGUUGUUCUUGCUGAUAUAGAGCCACUACCUUUGAGAGCUAAUCCGACCAUAGCUCAAAUCAGGCUGCAUAAUGAGGACACUGCCAAAAAGUAUAAGGCUAUGUCAUGUCUUCAAAAUGGAGUUUCAAAUGUUAUUUUUACAAGGAUAAUGGCUUGUGGCUCUCCAAAGCAGGCCUGGGACAGACUCAAGGAAGAGUUUCAAGGGAGCAGAGAGAGCUCAAGUUCGAGCUCAGGUUACAAGGGAAAGAAGCUUUGGCUAGAAAAGAAAGAGAAAGAGAAGAAGGAUGUUGCCAAAAAGAAGUUUCCACCAUGCACUUACUACAAGAAAUCCACUCAUUUGGAAAAAUAUUGCUGGUACAGGCCUGACAUUCAAUGUAUAAGCUGCAAACAACUUGGCCACAUUGAGAAAGUUUGCAAAAACAAGGCAAAAACACAACCACAGCAGCAAAAUCAAGCUAAGGCUGCUGAAGAUAUCCAAGUUCAAGAGGAGGCUUUAGAUAAAGGCAUGUUCAGGGAGCUAGACACCAGCUUUGUGUCCAAAUUCAGAAAUGGAAAUAGUGAGUUCAUCGAGGCCAAAGGCAAGGGCAAGGCUAUGAUUUGCACUCAGUCAGGAAAGACUUGUACAAUCAAAGAUCCUUCUGAUCAAGUGCUGGUGACAGUAGCCAUGCAUAAUAGAUCCUUCAUUUUGGAUGUGAAUCAGUUAGAAGCAAAGGCACAUACAACUUUGAUUGAUGAAUCAUGUUUGUGGCACAAAAGGCUGGGGUAUGAGAACUAUAACUCACUUGGUUUGCUGCACAAGAUGAAUUUAGUUGAAGACAUGUCCAAGAUCGAGCCUGAGAAUGAUGUGUAUGAGGUUUGUCAGCUUGGCAAGCAGACCAGACUGCCUUUUCCUGUCAACAAAGCUUGGAGAGCUCAAAAGAGGCUUCAAGUGGUCCAUACAGACAUUUGUAGACCUAUGAAGACCUCCUCAUUGAAUGGCAGUAGGUACUUUGCUUUGUUUAUAGAUGAUUGCACUAGAUCCUGUUGGGUAAGCUUUCUAAAACAAAAGUCAGAUGUGGCUUACUUCUUUUGCAAGUUCAAGGCAUUGGCUUUGAAUCAAACCAAUUGCAAAUUGAAGACUUUGAGGUCAGACAAUAGGACUGAGUAUGUAUCUCAAAGGUUCCAAAAGAUUUCUGAUGAAGUUGGAAUUCAACAUCAAUUGACCACCAUCUACACACCACAACAGAAUGGUGUUUGUGAGAGGAAGAACAAGACUGUUUUUGAUAUGGCUAGGUGA